AUGAGUGGAUCGUCGCGGUUAGACGGACGCCCACAUGUGCAGAACCCCCAACCACAAUUUGCGUCGCGGAACAUUGCAGAAGCUGCCGGACACAACAGCCGCCAUCAUGGCACCAUAGAUCAUAGAGACAGUCGUGUUGGCGUAUCGCCACCUAAACCGGAGCCGUCCAUGGCGGUAAACAUAACAUCAGAGUCACCGUCGGAUCAGUCGGCAUCUAACACCAAUAGACAAAUCCCACAUUCUUCGCUCUCGACGGUUCUGGCGCCUGUAACGCAAGGAAGGCACUCUGAAUCGAAAACGCAAGAGAAAAUGGGCCACCUCCAACCCUUGUCAGAACCCGCGGGGACGAUUAUACACGCAUCCACUGUUGGGGAACAGACUAUGUCUGAGCCAUUGGCGUCCACUAUUCGGAAGAGCCAUAGUCCAUCCAUGACAGCACCUGGGGGCCCAUCCAAAUAUAACGCCCCACCAAAAAGGACUGCGGCUGGAAUUUCCAAACACCUUGUCGAUGCCCCAGGAGCGGACAACACUUCCGAAGUAGACAGCCCCGAUCGACGCCGCUCCCAUAGUAUUGGCUCCCUAUCGCGUGAGAGCAGGAUUGCAGCGUUGUCCGUCCACCUUCGAACGCGGUUAUCGUAUGCUGCCGCCAAAGUUGAGAAGAGUAGGAAACUCCAUGGCGUCCAGGCUCAUUCCCUAUCGCCUAGUACAGAAUCUCUCGCUAAAGCUGGGCUUUUGCCCGCCUUCAGCGAGUUAGAGGCUCAGCGUUCUGUAGAAAAUAGCUCACCAGACGGAACCAUUAUGUCUGCGCCGGAUCCGCCUUCAACAACCAGCGUCUACACUCCGAGCGGCCCUGGGCGGCUAUCUCCUGUGGCCCAGUCCGCCGAUGCGUCGCCAUCCUCCUUACACCUCGACUUGCCAAAAUCUCAUCCCCGUCCAAAACUCGCACCCCCUGCAGACAUUGCAAGUGGAAGCCGCAGUCGCCGUCGACGUCCCAACCCCAACGAGGCGUUGCACCUGCCGAAGUUUCCUGCCUCGCUGCAUCGCAGACAUCAUUCUCACCAAGAGGUCGGUGCGUCCGGGCCAGCUGCGAGUUCAGAAAAGGUUCAGGUCCCUGGGACUCCUCCUCUUGGCCCAAUGCGUCAGGCUUCCUAUAACGGUACAGGGGGUCAUCAAAACCAUAAUCGAAAUAGCGCUAUGGAACAGGACGCUAUUGAAACCCUGCUUUUCAUGUCCAGCCCUGGACAUUCGGGUUAUCACUCCGGCUCCCAGCAUUCCCAACGUCAGCGAAACAUUUUCCAGAGCAGCAGCGAUUCUAGAAGCUCUGGCGGCCGGGUGCCCCGUAGUCAGGACUCACAAGUCAGUAAUUCCCGUGGUCAGCCUAUGCCAGCCUCAAGUGGUCGAGUGAUCGGUCUUGAAUCGCACGCUGGGGACGAGAUCGACCGGAUGCUGGAUCAAAUGGACAGUGAUAGCGAUGACGAAGUCAAGAGCAAUACCGACGAGGUAGAUGAGGAAGCAUUCGGGCACAACCUGUGGCCUUCGGGCCUGUCGUCUGUCUAA